AGUGUUCUAUUCCAAAUUUCAGCUUCAUAAUUUCAUAAAUUACUUAAGCAUUUUGACAAAUGUCAUGAUUUAAUUAAGGGGAAAACUACUUACCAAAGAUAUGAAUAAAUAAGGGGAAAACACUAAAUCAUAUUGAUGCUUUUCCUUUUAUGCCCUGUUUGAUUGCUGAGAAUCCAUUGAGAGAUAGAAAGAGAGAGAGAGAGAGAGAGGAGAAGAAGAAGAAGAAGAAGAAGAAGAAGAAGAAGAAGAAAAAAGAAAAAAAGGAAAAAGAAGAAGAGAAUUUCGUGGACAUUCUGAUUCUCGAACACCAAAAAUUGAUUAAUAUGCUGUUUGUGAUCAGAAUUAGCCCUCCAACAGUGGGGUCAAUCAAUCCCUUUGAUCUGUGAAGGCAUUCUGUGAUUUUAUCUUUCCCAUCUAAUAUCGGUUGGAGGAGUGAGAAUGUACAUUGCGGUCACACUAAAGAGAUAUAGAGCAGUGAAAGAAGUUGGGAAGAUUAAAAUGAGAGUUGGGUUCAUUGCUUAUUACCAAUUGAUGCAAGUUUGUCAGGCUGAGUAUUUCCGCCAGUUGCUGAAACCUGUUACGUAGUCUAGUAUAAAAAGCCUUGGGACAUUGGGGCUCACUAUCCCUGGUUUUCUUCAUACAUUAGAAGGCGGUAUUAAGUAAUGAAACAUUAAUUUGAUAAAUGUGAACUUGCAGUAGACACCUCUGCCACAGACACCACUAUUAUUCUGUAAUGGAAACAGCUUAGGUGUAUUAUUUAGUGUUCUCAUUGCUACAAGAACUUUUAUUUAAUUGAAUCUUGAAUAAUCCGGUCCCAGAAGCCAUAGAUUUGUCUUUCAGCAAACUUGGUUAUUCAGUAGGACUAGUCAUGCACUGUGACCAACAAGUUCUCCAUCAGGAGCCAGUGGUCCCUCUUUCAAAUCAAGUGAGAGGUAGUUACAUGGAUAAUGAACCCAUUAUGUCCACCUUUGGUGGGAUAGAUUUACCUUCAGGUGUAAAGCACCCAAGGCCCUUCCAUGGAGUUGAAUUUCAGCCCUUUGAGUUCUGCCCAAAGAAUUUCAUUAUCGUUGAUCAGAGUGAUAAGAGAAGCCAGAUUAUGUUCCACCCAGCAGCUGCUCCCAAAUUCUGUUAUCCUGGUUUAAAUCUUCAUUCCUCUUGCUUCCAAGAUAAUGGUGAUAGGAAUGAUGCACAUAAUGAGGUGAGAGAAAUCUCCUCAUUGCUGAAAGAAGAUUCAGAUGAUAUUGAUGCUUUGUUGAGCUUGGAAGAGGUAGAAGAGGAAGAAUAUGAUGAGGAAGAGGUCAGCACGGCACGGAGUCAUGAAAACUGUGAACUGGAUUCUGCUGAUUCUUGCUCCACUUAUGGUUCAAAAACCAGAAAGAGUAGGCUAUCAUCUUUAGAGAAUUUCUCUAGCAGUGGUAGGAGCUUUAACAGUGAAAGGAAGCGCCAGAACAUGAGGAAGACAAUGAAGCUACUGAGAGGAAUCAUACCUGGUGGUGGCAAUCGAAUGAGCACCGUUGCUGUUCUUGAUGAAGCUGUUAGGUACCUCAAGUCUCUUAAGGUAGAAGCACAAAAGGUUGGAGGCAAUUAGAAUAAAUAUGCAUCCCUGCUGAGUUAACACAAAUUGAACUCUCCUUGUAUUACUAGUAUACCAUAUGAGUUGUCCUUCAAAGGAUUGGUCUCUCUUUCUCUCAACAGGUUGGUCAUAAGAGAAUAAUGUUGCCUAGUGUUCUGCGUGUGGUUUUGGUAGAAAUUCUGGGUAUUGCUGCUGAAUGGUGAAUUUGGGCAAAAAAAUAUGAAUUCUGAGAGUACGGUUUAUGGGGGAAUUUGGGGGGAAGGGUGGGAGUUGAUGUGUGCCAUGCAUACUCUAUCCUAGUUGAUGGUUGUAAUGACUAAAUUUCUGGCCUGUUUCCUACCGCUGCUUUAAAUUUUUUUAUUAAUGCACUCUCCUGUCAUGUACUCAUGUACUCAUGUACAUUUAAUUAAUUAAUUAAUUUAUAUUUUGUUGUUAA